ACGAUGGAGAAUCAGACGCUACGUACAGAUAUUCUUCUCCUGGAGGGGUUAAAGGUGACACCCCACUCCUCCAUCCCAGCCUUCAUCCUCCUCCUCCUCAUCUACAUCUUCAUCAUGGUGUCCAACAUCGGCCUGGUGGUCCUGAUCUUCACGGAGAGGAGCCUCCAUCAGCCCAUGUAUCUGCUCUUCUGCAACAUGAGUAUUAACGAUGCAUUCGGGGCGACGACCAUCAUCCCUCCUCUGUUAGGAGACAUUUUUAUCCCAGUCACAGAGCGCCACAUUCAUUACAUCGACUGUGCCGUACAGGCGUUCUGCAGUCAUGUUCAUGCAAGCGCCACUCACACGGUGCUCAUGAUCAUGGCCUUCGAUCGCUACGUGGCCAUCUGCAACCCCCUGAGGUACGCCACCAUCAUGACCAACAGGAUGGUGGUGUCACUGUCUGUGUCAGCGUGGGCGGUGGCUUUAGUUAUGGUGGCGAUCCUCGUGGGCCUCAGCGUCCGCCUGUCCCGCUGCAGGUGGAUUAUUUUCAACCCAUUCUGCGACAACGCCUCCUUGUUCAAGCUGUCCUGUGAGAGCGUCCUCAUCAAUAACAUCUACGGCCUCGGCUACACGGUGCUCCUGCUGGGCUCGUCCAUCGGCAGCGUCACGCUCACCUACCUGAGGAUCGCCAUAGUGUGUUUGAGUAGUAAGAACAAGGCUCUAAACAGCAAAGCGCUGCAGACCUGCGCCACCCACCUGGCUGUGUACAUCAUCAUGUUUGUGUCAGGUGCCAUCAUCAUCAUCCUCCAUCGUUUCCCUUACUUAACAGACCACAGGAAGCUGGCGUCCAUCAUGUUCCAUGUGGUUCCUCCUUCCAUGAACGCCGUUAUCUACGGACUGCAAAUCAAAGCGGUCAGACAAAAACUUAUGAUCAUAUUUAACAGGAAAACAACAACUGCGUCGCAGGUGAACUGA